CCCGUGUGCCCACGGUCACCACCGCCCCACCUGGGCCACUGGAGCUUCCCCUUGGACCCCCGGUGCCCACUGGCCACCCUCAUCCAGCGUGCGAGCUCGCCUUCCGCUCCGCGGACGCCGUGGGCAUGGACUAUUCGUACGACGAGGACCUGGACGAGCUGUGCCCCGUGUGUGGGGACAAGGUGUCCGGCUACCACUACGGGCUGCUCACAUGCGAGAGCUGCAAGGGCUUCUUCAAGCGCACGGUGCAGAACAACAAGCACUACACGUGCACCGAGAGCCAGAGCUGCAAGAUCGACAAGACGCAGCGCAAGCGCUGUCCCUUCUGCCGCUUCCAGAAGUGCCUGACGGUGGGGAUGCGCCUGGAAGCUGUGCGCGCUGACCGCAUGCGAGGCGGCCGGAACAAGUUUGGGCCCAUGUACAAGCGGGACCGGGCUCUGAAGCAGCAGAAGAAGGCACAGAUUCGAGCCAAUGGCUUCAAGCUGGAGACAGGCCCCCCAAUGGGGGUGCCCCCACCACCCCCUCCCCCACCGGACUUCAUGCUGCCCCAUGGCCUGCAUGCAUCUGAGCCCAAGGGCCUGGCCUCCGGUCCACCAGCUGGGCCGCUGGGCGACUUUGGGGCCCCAGCGUUGCCUAUGGCUGUGGCCAGCGCCCACGGGCCACUGGCUGGCUACCUCUACCCUGCCUUCCCUGGCCGUGCCAUCAAGUCUGAGUACCCAGAGCCUUAUGCCAGCCCCCCACAGCCCGGGCCGCCCUAUGGCUACCCAGAGCCCUUCUCGGGGGGGCCUGGCGUGCCCGAGCUUAUCCUACAGCUGCUACAGCUGGAGCCAGAUGAGGACCAGGUACGGGCACGCAUCGUGGGCUGCCUGCAGGAACCGGCCAAAGGCCGCCCCGACCAGCCUGCGCCCUUCAGCCUCCUGUGCAGAAUGGCUGACCAGACCUUCAUCUCCAUCGUGGACUGGGCACGCAGGUGCAUGGUCUUCAAGGAGCUGGAGGUGGCCGACCAGAUGACACUGCUGCAGAACUGCUGGAGCGAGCUGCUGGUUUUUGACCACAUCUACCGUCAGAUUCAGCAUGGCAAAGAGGGCAGCAUCCUGCUGGUCACAGGGCAGGAGGUGGAGCUGACCACGGUGGCCGCCCAGGCGGGCUCCCUGCUGCACAGCCUGGUGCUCCGGGCGCAGGAGCUGGUGCUGCAGCUGCAUGCCCUGCAGCUGGAUCGCCAGGAGUUCGUCUGCCUCAAGUUCCUCAUUCUCUUCAGCCUGGAUGUGAAGUUCCUGAACAACCACAGCCUGGUGAAGGACGCUCAGGAGAAGGCCAACGCCGCCCUGCUCGACUACACUCUGUGCCACUACCCGCACUGCGGGGACAAGUUCCAGCAGCUGCUGCUGUGCCUGGUGGAGGUGCGGGCGCUGAGCAUGCAGGCCAAGGAGUACCUGUACCACAAACACCUGGGCAACGAGAUGCCCCGGAACAACCUGCUCAUCGAGAUGCUGCAGGCCAAGCAGACUUGAACUCAGGCCGGUGCCGGGGGGAAGGGGAACCGGGCUGGGGCCAGGGGAGGGGUCGCAGCACCCCCACGGCCUCCAGGUGGUUUAUUUUUAUUAUGCUGACCCAGGACCCCACCACGAAGGCCGCUGCCCCUCAGCUCUCUGAAGCCCUGUGCUUGGGAAGGUGGGUGAGGGUGAGCAGGGCCUGGCUGAGGGCGGGUGGUCCCCGCUCACCGCUGGCACUUGCCUGCCACUCAGAGUGCCCCAAGGAGUUGGCUGCUAGCCACCUCUUCCCUCCCCCUGCUCCCAGCUGUCUGCCCUGGAGUCUGGAUCCCAGGCCCAGGGAAGAGGUUUGGAUUCCCUGAUGGGCCUCAACGUCCCUUGAGUCAGAAGUCAUCCCUUCGUCCUCUCCUGGGAGCAGAGGCAGAGAGGGGUCGAGUGGACAUCAGCGGGCGAGAGAGGAGAGGGUCUCCAGACCCCCUCCUGGAGAUCAGGAGGGAAGCCCUCUGUUUUGUAAACUAAGGAUAACAGAGUUUGCAAACUUAGGCAAGGGACUGUUGGGCCCUGGAGGACACUGGGAGACUGGUUAGGACAAAAAGACCUCCUCCCUCAACCCUCUGCCCCAUCUGACGUCUGCAGGGGAGAACUUUGACACGUUGUUAUCUGAAAAGCAUUUUGCUACAAUAAUCUUUCUAACCCUCUCCCACCAGAGGAGAAGUUUGGUUUGGCACAAUCGGCAUUCUAGCCCUGCUCACAGUUGGCCCUCCUGGCUGGUAUUUAUCUGCAAGGCUGUAGUCAAGAAGUUUUUUUGUUUUGUUAUUUGAUUUUAAUUUAGAUGCUCCUUGAAAGGUAUGUAUGUGGAGGGGCAGGGGACAGAUCUGAGGACUGAGACUGGGAGGGGGGACUAGCACCAAGGACAGCCCGUGGUUUCUCUCCAUACCGAGUACCCUGGGGGUGGUGCUGGGUCAUUAUUCCUGAGCCCCCACUCCAAUCCAGAGAAGAGCCUGUCCCCCACCCCACUAGGUGAACAGCAGCGUGGCCUGCGGGGAGCUCAGAGUCUCUGUGGGUGGGAAUCGGGGUGAUCUUGGGGGGAGAGUGUACGGGGCUUCAGAUCAGGGACAUUGCUGAUGAACCGUUUUUCACUGGCCCUAUCCCGUUGGGUUCCUUGCUGCACACCUUUGAAGCUGGAUCUCAACCCCUCUCCUACGUCCUGAAAGACCCUCUCCCGGGCCAGGCACCAGGGAGAGGCCUCAGUGUCCUCUGUCUCCAGACCGGGCGUCCACAGUCUGUCCUGCUUUCAUGAUGCUGUUGCAGCUUGUGCUGAGCUUGCCCAGUUGCAGAUCGCUGGGCAUCCCUGCCCCCGCCUUCCAGCACCCUGUCUCAGUCCCCGCCCCUCUCUCCUGAAACAUGUGCCCCUGGCCAGGCUGGAGACCCCCCAGCCCCCAAAUGAGAAGUGCCCUUAAGAACCCCCAACCCUCGCAGCCCUGGAAUAAAUUUUGCAAUUAGUUUGCAGCUA